CCCUCAUAACCUGUUUUGUUUUAGUGUGAUUUCCUGUUAUUAACAUUGUGUUGGGCAAAGUGACGUUUUGGUUACAUAAACUCCAUAUCACCCCAUUUAACUUAAUUUUCAUCAACUAACCAUCAAGAUGAGCAACCUAGAGAAAUCUAAGGCCAAGCCAAUGAAUUCCGUCAUUAUGGACAUAAAAGACACCACCAUGGCCGAUAAGGUAGAGAAAGUUGGCAACCCAAUGAAAUACCCGUACACCUUCACAGCCAAAAUGGCUCAAUUCCCGUGGAAACACUAUUUCAAGAACCAAUGGAUCUGGAAAUACUAUGCCGUAUCACUCCUCGUCUGUAUUCCAGUCUUCAAGUCCAUUAGUAAUUUGUCUAACUCCCCUGAGAAUGUGGCCAAAUGGGCUGAAAUCCGCCGCAGGGAAGCUGCCGAACACCACUAAAUUUAUUGUUUCAUAGUCUGUAUAGCAAUUUCAAUCCACAUUUUUGUUAUAUUAUUUAUGUAUAAUAAAAUGUAAACAGUU